UGCAACGCUUGUGUGUUAGUUUGCACGUCAUGUAAGAUCAAAGGGCAUUCCACAGUUCACGGCAUUCCAAUAGAGAGCGUCGUUUGGGAGCAGUUGGUCUUUAGAUUUGGUUGUAUAUAAAGGGGACAAGAUUAACGGAACUGAGGAGAAGUGCCUUCGCCAUCAUCUCUUGGAAUCAACGUCGAUCGAUCAGACAUUUUCUACAGUUUUCCUGCAAGCUGUGCAUAGUUCGAAGUGCAGUCAAAAUGGCUGUUAAGCAGGUUGCCGUGAUAGGGGCUGGUGUGAGUGGCUUGGCCUCAAUUAAGACUUGUCUGGAGGAGGGAUUCGAACCCGUGUGCUUCGAGAGGGACGAGAAAGUCGGUGGUGUCUGGGUGUUCAGAGACGAGGUGAGAACCGACCAUGAGGAGAGCGCCCUCUACCACGCCCUGGUCACCAACUCCAGCAAGGAAAUGAUGUGCUACAGCGACUACCCUUUCCCCAAGGACUGUCCGCCCUACAUCCCCGGCAAACGAUUAGGCAAGUACUACGAAGACUACGCCGAACACUUUGGUCUACUCAAGCACAUCCGGUUCAGCACCAAGGUACUCAAGCUGGAGGAAGCCGAGGACUACGACACCACGGGGCGGUGGUCAGUGACCACGGAAGGACCAGGCGGGAAGAGCACUGAUAUCUUCGAUGCCGUGAUGGUGUGUACGGGGAUGUUCAGCCAGGCGAAGAUGCCGACCUACCCGGGGCAGGACGAGUUCGAGGGCGAGAUCCUACACAGUAAUGAUUACAGGAAGGCGGAUUCCUACGCCAACAAGACUGUCCUGGUUGUCGGUGGCUCCCAUUCUGCUGGAGAUGUUGCAGUGGAUACCAGUCGAAAGUCGAAAAAGACGUACAUUAGCAUGCGCAACGGAACCUGGGUGAUCACCAGAGCAGGCCCGAUGGGUUGGCCAAGGGAUCUCUUUCUGAACCGUCGGUUUAACUUCCUGCUCCCAGAAUGGUAUCGUCGCAACAUGGUCGAGAAAGAUCUCGCAACACGCUUCAACGUGGACAACCUGGGUCUGAGGUCGACCCGGAAGCUCUUCUGCUCCGAGGUCAUGGUGAACGAUGAUAUUGCUAACAGGAUCUUUUGUGGAGCAUUGACGGCCAAACCCGGUAUCAAACACUUCACACAGAAGGGGGUCGUUUUCACAGACGGAACUAAAAUCGACAAUCUGGAUUCAGUCAUAUAUGCGACAGGUUACAACAUCAAAGUCCCUUUUGUGGGAACGCAUCUUAUAUCAGACAAAAUUGACGAGUUGCAGCUCUACCAGUACGUUUUCCCGGCAAAACAAAAACAUCCUACGUUCGCCUGCGUGGGAUUUGUCAUGACAGUUGGUGCGCAUGCGCCUGUCUUCGAGAUCCAAGCACGUUGGGCCACGCAGGUCUUCAAAGGCAACGUAUCUCUACCCCCUGUUAGUGGCAUGCUGAAGGACAUUGAGAUGAAGAAGAAGUUUCUCUAUCAGAAAUUCGGCAAACACAUCAUCUUCAUCCCUCCCAUCCCCUACCAGGAUGGAAUCGCCACCAAGAUCGGCGCCAAACCCACCUUCAAGUCGCUUUUCCUCAAAGACCCCAUCCUGGCCCUUAAAUGCUUCUUCGGCCCAGCGGUCCCGGCCAGCUACCGGCUCCAGGGACCGCAUGUUUGGAGCGGCGCGCGGGAUACCAUCAUGAACGUCUGGCAGAACACGGUGUCGGGAACCAAGUUUCGGGACACACCCAUCGCGAACGGUCCCGAAGGAUACCCCAUUGCACUGAAGCUCAUCUUCCUGGUUUGCAUAGUAGCUGGGCUCUAUCUUGUUAUGAUGUAAAUACUUAGGGGACUAACUUUAAUCCAUGGUUUAAUCCACCGACUAAGUAUGGAAUACCAAGUGUCCAUAAGAAUAUAUUUUUUAAAUGAUUUGACAUGGCCCUAACUACCAUGAUAACUUAAUUAUAUAAUAGUUAUAUUGUUGUUUAUUAAUUAUGUUAUUACAUUUUAUUUUUAAUUUAGUGACAGAUUACAUUAUUCAAAAACAUAUUCGUAUGGACACUUCGCAUUCCAUACUUAGUUGGUGGAUUAAACCAUGGACUAAAGUCUGCUUACGAGAAUACCACCCUCGGUAUUUUCUCAAUUAUUAAUUGAACUGGUUCUAGAAGUCAUAUCUUGAGUAUCAAAUGAUUUGCCCCAUUUUUUUUUUAAAGAAAGAGAAUGAAGUGUAUCACAACAUGUUCUCAGUGUGAAUAGAUUGUUUUACAUCGGAAAUAUGAAGAAUACGAUGGGAAAUACGUUCAGAUAAUUAGCCUAAGGCAAUUUAAAUAACCUCGUCCAUCAUCUUUUAAAGUGUGUGAACAUUCGAAAAUGGUGUGUUAUUUAAUCAGAAAAUGAUUUCUACAGGAUAUACGAUAGGUACUGAAAAAAAACCUAGGGUUGAUAUCUCCAGAUUCCAUGUGGUCAUUUUGAAACCACAUAGUAACAUGGAUACAUUGAAACUUUAUUUCCCACUGUGUGUGGUCAUUUUUUGUUGUUGUUCAGUAUUAAACAAAAGUCAGUAUUAAAGUCAGUAUUAAACAAUAAAGGGGGUGUGUCGUAAAUUUCAUUCAGGUAGGGAUAUUGGACACAGUGCUUGGUACGAACAAGAAGUUCUCCGUAUACUGAUAUAUCUGAUAAUUUUAAAUAAAACAGAUGCCGUUUUUAUCGUUUAAUUCUCAGAAGCUAAUUUCAUGGUUCCUUGGAAUGCAAAGUCAUUUCCAGCAGUGCACCAAAGACUGUGUGUAAAUAAUAUAAUUUUACAUCUAGCAUAUAUGAUUUUGCCUUUAAUGGUUCAUUAAUGUGUCUUUUAUACCAAAUUCCAGAAAUCUAAUUAUUUGAUGAUAUCGUAAAAUAGAUACUGGUAAGAAUAUGAAUAGUUAAUUUUGUGCUAUAUUCGAAGAGCCUUUUAAACAAGUAGAGGUGCUUUAAAAGUACAUUAAGCAGGACAAUUCUAUGAGAGUACUAUUUGUGAAAAGGGUAAAUAUUAUGUCCCCCCACUUCUUUAUAUACAAUGUAUAAUAUCAGUUAUUGUCAUGAAGAUACUCUUUUUAUCAUUUUAUCUCAGAAUUGUCAAAUAUCUAAAUAGAAUUUUAGGUAGUUCGAAAGAAAGAUAUAGAAUACAUGAUGCUGUUAUUACGACUUUUAAUACAUGGCUUGGUGACGCAUCAACGAUUAGAUGAUACUUACCGUAGAUGUUUUAUUUAUGCACUUUAUAUGACUACAAUUUGAACAUUCUUCGCAUUUGAUAUUCUCCAACGAUAUUUUCAAUUUUGAAACACAAUGAAGUUCAUGAAUGUCUUUUUAUUCCAAUGGGGGCCUUCUCUGGAUUUCCUAUGAAAAUCAUAAUUUGACAGUACUUUUCUUGUUGAUAGUCAUUGUAUGUCUUUAAUUAUCAACACUAUGAUGAACAAAAUCUGGACGAAAGGAAUAGAAAAAAAAACAGAAGGAUAGGUGAUCAGUUUUUCUGAAAACGAAAGAAAGAUGGAAUGAAAAUACAAAAAGCGAACAGAGGAUGGGGAAUGUUCAAAUAUGAUUCAUAGUCAUGAGACCAUAUUGUUAUAUUAAACAGAAUUUUAAUGAAUUAAACAUUACAAGAAUUAUGUAAACACAAUACA